AUGUGGCUUCUCAAUACUGACACGCUUGAACUGAAGGAAUUCUUCGAUAACGCCAUUCCUCCAUAUGCUAUCCUAUCGCACAAAUGGAGCGACGAGGAGGUCUCUUGGUAUGAUAUGCGCGGUAACCAUGCUACUAUCGAGACAAAAACGGGAUACAAAAAGAUUAGCGAUUUCUGUGCCAAUGCAAAGAGACUUGGCUAUAGCUAUGCCUGGAUGGAUUCGUGCUGCAUUGACAAGCGCAACAGUGCAGAUCUGUCUGAGGCGAUCAACUCGAUGUAUCGCUACUACCGCGAUUCCGGACAGUGCCUCGUCUAUCUCGCUGAUGUGCCACCCGUUGAUAGCGAUGACAUGAAUUUGACAGGCCAACGCACUUCUAUCUGCAACAGCCUCUGGUUCACUCGUGGCUGGACACUGCAGGAACUUAUUGAGCCAAAGCAACGGAAGUUUUUCGCGAGUGAUUGGACAGUGAUAGAAUUAAGCAUAGAACUGAUUGCCCAAAUCACGGGUAUCGAGGCAAGAGUUCUUCACGACCAAAAUCUCCUAUCACAAUUUUGUAUCGCUCGGCGGAUGUCGUGGGCAUCUAAACGGCAAACGACGCGCGACGAAGACAGGGCAUACAGUUUAAUGGGCAUUUUUAAUGUUCAUAUGCCUGUUAUCUAUGGCGAAGGCCUGAGAAGUGCGUUCAGGCGGCUGCAGACCGAGAUCAUUCAAACCUCAUCUGACCAGACCAUAUUUGUCUGGCGAGGAGCAUAUGAAAGCAGCGGCCUACUUGCCCACUCACCGUCAGACUUUGCAAACACACCUAGGCUGGGACUCUGGAAGCCGAUCAACCUCUCUCCAUUCUCAAUGACUAACGUCGGCCUUAACAUCCGCAUGAACAUUGUGGAAAAAGAACAAGAGCCAACACAAGCCGGAGCCCAGACUAGAAAGACUGUCCUUGGAGCCCUUCAGUGCGAUGCCUUGGACGGAACAGUCCCGAAACUUCUGAUUCUUUAUCUGGAAUCUGUGCCCCAUGCGAGCUUCUUUGUCAAUGGCAAAACUUGCCAAGCGUAUCGCAGGGUCAGAUGUAAUGAAUUCCAGGAAACAAGAACAGGGACUUUCAAGGGGCAAACUGGUCCAUGUCAUCUCAAGGAUGUGCUUAUACUGCAGGACGAACACAUGGAAUUUGUUGUCCGGGCGAUAGACGAGCAUCAAUGCCGAUGGGAGGACUAUUGGAAUGCUAGAAGAAUUACAGCAGUAGACUCUGAUUUACAGUAG